AUGCGCGUGCAGAGGGCAGCUGGGCGCACAGGGCGCACAGGGCAGCAGGGCAGCAGGGCGCGCGGGGUGCACAGGGCUGCAGGGCGCGCGGGGCGCGCAGGACAGCAGGGCGCGCGGGGCGCACAGGGCAGCAGGGCAGCAGGGGCUGCAGGGCAGCAGGGUGCGCGGGGCGAACAGGGCAGCAGGGCGCACAGGGCUGCAGGGCAGCAGGGCGCACAGGGCUGCAGGGCAGCAGGGCGCGCGGGGCGCGCAGGGCUGCAGGGCGCGCAGGGCAGCAGGACAGCAGGGCGCGCGGGGCGCACAGGGCUGCAGGGCGCGCGGGGCGCACAGGGCAGCAGGGCAGCAGGGCGCGCGGGGCGCAGCAGGGCUGCAGGGCGCGCGGGGCGCACAGGGCAGCAGGGCGCACAGGGCUGCAGGGCAGCAGAGCGCGCAGGGCAGCAGGACAGCAGGGCGCGCGGGGCGCGCAGGGCUGCAGGGCGCGCGGGGCGCACAGGGCAGCAGGGCAGCAGGGCGCGCGGGGCGCAGCAGGGCUGCAGGGCGCGCAGGGCUGCAGGGCAGCAGGGCGCACAGGGCUGCAGAUCCCCUCCCCCCAACCGCUGCACCCGCAGCAGGGGGAUGGAGGAGAAGUGGGGGGGGCUGGGGGGGGUUGGUGCUGCAGAUCCCCUCCGCCCAGGGAGAGAGAGAGGAGAAGGGGGGACGGGGGGGGGAGGGCUGAUGCUGCAAAUCCCCUCCCCCCCACUGCUGCUCCACUAUCCGUCACCCCCCAGGGAUGAAGGAGAAGGGGGGGGGCGGGGGGGGUUGGUGCUGCAGAUCCCCUCCCCCCCACUGCUGCACCCGCAGUAG